AUGGCAACACUAUCCCCAGCACCGGCAUCAGCACCGGUUCCAACACCCUCCGAAAAACCUAAACAGAGACCUAGUGCCCUUCGUAGCAUCAUUGCGGGAAGUACAGCCGGCGCGGUCGAAAUCGCAAUUACAUAUCCGUUUGAAUUUGCAAAGACGCGGACGCAGUUAAAUAGACGAUUGCCGGAGAGUGGAAAACUUCCUUGGCCGAAGUUUGGGAGUGCUUGGUAUGCGGGGUGUACGACGUUGAUUAUUGGGAAUUCGUUGAAGGCGGGGAUUAGAUUCGUCGCAUUCGAUCAAUAUAAAGCACUACUCCAAGACGCCGAUGGAAAGAUUUCAGGACCCCGAACUGUAAUUGCCGGGUUUGGAGCUGGUGUUACAGAAAGUUUACUAGCAGUCACACCAUUCGAAAGUAUUAAGACAACUUUAAUCGACGAUCGCAAAAGCGCCAAACCGCGCAUGAAGGGAUUCCUCCACGCUGUCCCCAUCAUCGCACGCGAAAGAGGUAUACGAGGAUUCUUCCAAGGUUUCGUCCCAACCACGGCUCGUCAAUCCGCCAAUUCAGCCGUUCGAUUCGGAUCCUACACCUCUUUGCGUCAACUCGCACAAUCGUAUACCGCGCCCGGAGAAAAAUUAGGUGCAUUAUCUACUUUUGGGAUUGGCGGCUUAGCAGGUAUCAUCACGGUAUAUGUAACACAACCACUCGAUACCGUCAAAACACGCAUGCAGAGUAUAGAAGCGAGAAGCCUGUACAAGAAUAGUUUCCAUUGCGCAAGCUUGAUAGCGAAGAAUGAGGGACUAUUUACAUUCUGGAGUGGAGCUUUGCCAAGAUUAGGAAGAUUGUUAGAUAGCUAUCUAUCUGCACUUUUCCUCGCUCUUGCUCUUGCUCUUGCUCUUGCUCUUGCUCUUGCUCUUGCUCUUGCUCUUGCUCUUGCUCUUGCUCUUGCUCUUGCUCUUGCUCUUGCUCUUGCUCUUGCUCUUGCUCUUGCUCUUGCUCUUGCUCUUGCUCUUGCUCUUGCUCUUGCUCUUUGUCCUUUGUAUUUGUCCUUGGGCUGGGCUUAUGAUAGAAGAGGAGAGAGGAGAGAGUGA